GCCGGGGAGCGGGAGCUCGCGGAGCGCAGAGGCCGGCGCGUGCGGGAGCGGCGUGCGGGUCCUGCCAGCCGCGGGCGCCGGAGCCGCUGGCCGCCGGAGCUCGGCGCGGAGCCGCCCUCGGAGCCGGCGCCCCAGCCCCCCGAGCGCCCGCCAUGGAGCCUUCGCACAAAGACGCCGAGACGGCGGCGGCGGCGGCGGACCCCCGGGCGGCCGCGGCCAGCGGGGUGGUGGUGCAGGUCCGCGAGAAGAAGGGCCCGCUGCGCGCGGCCAUCCCCUACAUGCCCUUCCCGGUGGCCGUCAUCUGCCUCUUCCUCAACACCUUCGUGCCGGGGCUGGGGACGUUCGUCUCGGCCUUCGCCGUGCUGUGCGGGGCCCGCACCGACCUCCCCGACAGGCACGUGUGCUGCGUCUUCUGGCUGAACAUCGCGGCCGCCCUCAUCCAGAUCCUCACGGCCAUCGUCAUGGUGGGCUGGAUCAUGAGCAUCUUCUGGGGCAUGGACAUGGUCAUCCUGGCCAUUUCCCAAGGCUACAAGGAGCAGGGCAUCCCUCAGCAGCUGUGAGCCCGGAACCCCGAGAGUCCGGGGGGUCCCGUGCGGGCGCCCGGCAGCACCAGGACCUCCCAGGCUGUCUCUGCUGUUUCCUGGUUUGGAGGAAAGGGAGGAUUUAAAGCGAUUAUUUAUUUUGGAAACACAUCUGCUCUUCUCCGCAGCUCUGAGGGCGGCCAGCCCCUCCCCGCUCCGAAAGCCCUGUCUGCGCGGCACCCAGAGCCCCCCCCAUCCCCGGGGUGGGGGUGGGGUAGAGACAGGGAUGCGGACAGAGGCUGGAAUGUGCCCCCACACCCACCCCCUCUCCUCGCCCACGGCCAGGGCACACCGCCAGGCCGCAAGGCCCGUCCAGGCAGCAGCGGCUCCCACGGGCAGGACUGUGGUGGACGCUGCCUCUGGGCCCCCAGCGCAUGUGAGUGGCCUCCUGGGAGCGGCACCAGGCGGAGAGAGAAGGGACGGGCUCCAGCGGAGUGGACAGGCUGCGGUGCCCUCAGCUUUGGUGGCAGGGGACACACGGAUCCCCCCGGUGUGACUGGCCCUGCCCUCCCGCUCGCACCCCAGCUCUUCGCCACGGGAACCUGCGGGCCUGCGUGUGUUGUGACCUGUUUCCCUGAGAAGGAGGCAGGGGCCCCGCGCCUGGGCAAACUGUGGGGUCAGACGGUCACCCACGGAAUUGCCACCCGGGUCUCCAUGCGCACAGCCCAGCGCCUUCCCCAUUUCACUUAACACCGUUCCUGGCCCCAGUCCUUCUGAGAUCACUGCAGUGGUUGGGUCUCUGAUUCAGGAAUGUUGGGUCUGAGGGGAGCAGGAGGCGUGUAACCUACAUGUGCUAACAGCCCACGGCCUGGAACAGCUCUCCUCCAUCACACACGUGACACGGUGCCUCUGGGGCCAAGAGCCGAUGGGCCCUGGGGGGCCUUGCGAUGUAGCAGAUCCCACGGGAGGCAGGGACCGCGGAAGUUGCCAGGCGCCUGGGGUCACGGAUCCGCUGAAAGGAGGAGGAAGACCUCCGCGAUGCUAGUGAGGAGGCGGACACUCACGUGUCUGUGUUCACUGUCCGUCUAACACAGGAAUCGCUCAACUGCGCCCUGGCCCCAGCCGGCUGCCAGCCCACUGGCCUCUGUGCCCCUGGGGUGUCCCUGGGUGGGGGGGGUGCUUUUCCUGUCGUUUGGGGCUCAGCCAGAGUCCGGCCAGAACCGGAGCAGUGACCUGUCUGGAUGGGAUGCUGGGGCCACAGCCGGUUAGGCCCCUGGCUUCUUCGUGAGCCCCUUUGGGGCCACUGUUUGCAUAGUCUCUGCUCUUAACCCCCCACCUGGGGCAGUGGUCCCCCACCCCAUCCCCUGGGCAUCUCAGUUACAGUCCUGCUGGGAAGCGGCCUGGGGUCCCUGUGGCCGGACAGCUCCCUGGCAUCCCCUCCAGCCACUCCUCCCUUCCCCUCCCCCCGCCCCCUCCCUUCCCCCCCAGUUCUCUGCUCCUGGCUUGAUCUCUGCCCCCCUCCCACUGAUCCUGUAGUUUUGAGGAGCACCUCGCCAUGGCUGCCUGGGGCAGGGUUGCCUUCUGAACCCCUGGCCCCGUCUUUAUCUCCUCCCUCCUGUCUCCUGACGCCAACCCAGGCCUCUUCGGGCUUCCAUGUGCUUCUGUGCUUUUCCAGUGGGACCAGCGCGGGUUGAUCAGAAAGGAGACCCUUUCGCAUCCUCCAGGCCGAGCAGGGAGCUGCUGGCUGCCUGCGCUCAGGGCCUCCCCGGAAUCAGAUCAAACAGCCUCCGCUGGCGAAGUGACCACAUGGCCCAGCGCCCUCCGCCCACAGCCCUCACCCCGUCUGCGGCUCCCCGGAGUGGUGACGGGUCUGGGGCGGGGGCACCCCCACAGGGGGGGCGGAGGAGCUCAUUUUCCAGGCUGGGUUGGGGCUGAGGGUAGAGGAGGGACAGCUAUUAUGCUGCAUGUUUAGUGACACAGUCCAGGCGCAGGUGGGGUUCUUUUGAGUGACAGGUGUCCCCACGAGUGCUGGGUGGAGUGACUAGCGCAGAGACGUCUCCAAACCUGAGGAGGCUUGAGGCUCAGGGAGAGCCCCUGUUUAGGUAACUGGAGGGUGGACCCCCAGGUCUUCUGAGCGGGGAGCUGUGAGGAUGCCACGUGGGCGGAUCUGCUCCAGGAGCGCCAUCUGAUCAGCCACGGACUCGGCCUCAUUAGAGAAGGAGCGGUGGCCGCAGGCUGUCGGGGCCAGAGUUCAGGUGACACACCAGCCAGUGGACGGAGGGCUCUCGCCCGCCUGCUGGAUGGACACACAGCCCUGGGCCGGCCGAUGGCCCAGCACGCACAGGGCUCCCUCAGGUUGGCCUGUCAGCAGUCGGAGCCCCCAGGACACUCCCUGGCCUUGGGUGUUCGGGGGUCACCGGGGUGCAGAGAGCUCCAUCGUAAGUGAGAUACUCCUGGGACCUGGCUGUGUGACGCUGGUCAGAGGGGGCGUCCCUGGGCCGCGGGGGACCUGGUGCAGGAGUGAGCCCUGCCGGGGGACGGCCUGUGGGUGUGGACGGAGGCUGCUGGCAGGACCUUAACGGCAGGCUGGGGGCAGGGUCCCUGCGGAGGGGCCAUC